GUUGCCGAGGUCGGUCGCGUUAAUCAGUCAGUUCGUCCGUGGAUUUUUCUAUUUGGUGUGAAAAAAAAUCUCCGCUAGAAAAUGUGUCGAAUUUAAACCGAAAUUUAUUGGAUAAAUCAACUACAAGUGCCUUUGUGUCGUGUUUUUCUAAUUAAGGUUUUCGUUUAGAUAAGCAAACUUCGAUCAUGCGAACGAUAAGCGGGAUGCAAUUCGGAGUAGUUGUACUAAUUGCAUUGGGGCUGUGCGUUCUGGUAAGCGUUGUCGCCGGCCAAACCACCUCCUUUUCGACCUGCCCGGCCAAGACGACCUGCCGGGAGUGCAUUCAAACGAGCAACUGUCGCUGGUGCACGCAACCGAACUUUACGAAACCACGCUGCCACGGCCACGAUAUCGGUUACUGUCUGGAGGAGUACACGGUUGACCCCAGCAAUGAAGCUAUCACGCUGAUCGCUCGGGAGCUGAGCAAACCCUCGAAGGGAGGCAGCGCCGGCGGUAUGUACGAGUCGGGAAUGUCCAGCAGUUCCCACUGGUCGUCAUCGUCUUCGUCCUCGUCAUCAUCUUCGUCGUCGUCGUCGUCAUCGCACCAUUCCUCGUCUUCCAGCAGUAUGAGUUCCAGCAGCCAGAACAUUGUUCAAAUCUAUCCGCAACGAGUUCAGCUGAAGCUGCGAUUAAACGAAGUCUAUAAACUAGGAGUCAAAUAUUCCCAGGCCGAGGACUACCCGGUGGAUCUUUACUACUUGAUGGAUUUGUCCAAAUCUAUGGAGGACGACAAGGAGAAACUUUCUACGCUGGGAGCACAGCUGGCGGACUCCAUGAAGAGAAUCACCAACAAUUUCCGCCUAGGGUUUGGUUCCUUCGUUGAUAAGGUAUUGAUGCCUUAUGUGUCAACCGUACCGAAAAAUUUACGCGAACCAUGUCCCCAAUGUGCUGCUCCCUAUGGUUACAUCAAUCAGUUGCCUCUUAGUGUGGACACGUAUAGGUUUACAGAAGAGGUUGAACGAGCUGCUGUCUCGGGUAAUCUGGACGCACCAGAGGGAGGAUUCGAUGCCAUCAUGCAGGCCGUGGUGUGCCGCGAUCAGAUCGGUUGGCGCGAGAAGGCCCGCCGGUUGCUGUUGUUCUCAACCGAUGCCGGGUUCCAUUAUGCCGGCGAUGGCAAGCUGGGCGGUGUGAUCACUCCGAAUGAUGGCGAAUGUCACCUCGACCAGUCCGGCCGGUACACGCACUCGACGAUCCAGGACUAUCCGAGCAUUUCGCAGAUCAAUCUGAAGGUGAAGCAGAACGCCAUCAACGUGAUCUUCGCCGUGACGCAGAACGAGCUAUCGGUGUACGAAAAGCUGUCCAAGCUGGUCGAGGGGUCAUCAGCUGCCAUGUUGUCCAACGAUUCGUCCAAUAUCGUACAGCUGGUGCAGGAUGAAUACAAUAAAAUUUCCUCCUCCGUGGAAAUGAAGGACAACCGUACGGACAGCCUGAUCGAUGUGAAAUACUACAGCCGCUGCAAGGGAGACGGCAAGCUGGUUCAGACGAACAAGUGCGACGACCUAAAGGUCGGCGACAUCGUCCAGUUCGAGGCAGAGAUAACUCUGCUGAAGUGUCCGGAAAAUCCCCGCGAAUGGAACCAGGUGUUGCAGAUCUAUCCGGUCGGUAUCAACGAAAGUCUUACGGUUGACAUUGAAAUGCUGUGCAGUUGUGACUGCGAACGACCGGGAAGUCCGCAGUAUAAAGAGUACGCCGAAGAGUGCAGUGGCGUCGGAACUUACAAAUGUGGCGUUUGCGAAUGUGACGAGUUCCACCAUGGACACAAGUGUGAAUGUUCUGCCACGGAUAUCCAUACCGAAGCGGGAUCGGCUGACGCUUGCCGGGCGACUAACUCCUCACUGGAAUGUAGCGGCCGAGGUCAGUGCGUUUGCGGAGUGUGUGACUGUGAGAAGCGCAUCAAUCUGGAAGAGGUGAUCUCUGGCAAGUUUUGCGAGUGUGACAACUUCUCGUGUGACCGAAUAAAUGGAUUGCUGUGCUCCGGUCCGAAGCAAGGUAUCUGCUCCUGUGGUGAAUGUAUCUGUAAGGAAGGGUGGAGCGGACCGGCCUGCGACUGCAAGUCGACUACCGAUACCUGUAUGCCGCCUAAUGGAGGGGAAAUUUGCUCUGGCCAUGGUGAAUGUGAAUGCGGACGUUGCCAAUGUCAGAUUACUGCAGAAGGUCGUUAUUCAGGUCGUUUCUGUGAAAAAUGUCCCACCUGCUCAGGUCGUUGUAACGAGUUCAAGCACUGCGUUCAAUGUCAGCAGUACAAGACGGGUCCGCUGGCGGAUCCAACCGAUUGCGCUACCAACUGCACUCUCUUUACACCAAUUCCGGUUCAGAAGGUAGAGAUCGAUGAAGAUAAUGACGACAACAAGUGUACCUUCUUUGAUGAAGAUGAUUGUCGGUACGAAUUUUCCUAUAACGAUAGUGGGGAACAGAUUGUAGUAAAGGCGCAAGAACAACGUGAAUGUCCACCGAAGGUGUUCAUGUUGGGCAUUGUGCUGGCCGUGAUUGCCGCUGUAGUAUUGAUUGGGUUAGCUGUUUUGCUGCUGUGGAAGCUUCUGACCACCAUUCACGAUCGGCGCGAGUUCGCCAGGUUUGAGAAGGAGCGAAUGAUGGCUAAGUGGGACACUGGCGAGAAUCCUAUCUACAAACAGGCCACAACUACAUUUAAAAAUCCCACCUACGCCGGUAAGUAAAGGGGCAGAUAACAGUAACGAAAUGUGCCUACUACAAAUUAUUGCCUUAAUAACUUUUGGGUACGGAACAAUUUAUGCGACGAGGCGAGCGUUCAACGAUUUGUGUUAACGCUCCAACGCCAUUUGGUAUACUAGUCUUGGGGUGUCUCUUUUGUUCAUACUUUCGAAUGAACGGCUUUCAAAAUAAGAGACAUGCUUUCCGUAGCUAAAGUUGUAUCUUUCUAAAUACAAAUCGGAGUAUGGCCGCGUUGGUUUGAAAUUUUGAAACAAAAAAACUUAGCUAAAUAGUGUUUUAAGGGGCCAAUUUGACAAAGGCAGCCCUUAUUAAUCGAAUUUUACUUUCAGUAAAAAAAAAUCAUAACACAUUAUAUUUAUUCUACAAAAAAAACGAAGUGCAUUAAGUGUUUAGAUAGCAGUUGCUGAAAUUAAGACUAACGAUUAUAUGCGUAAAUGGUAGGUUGCGGCUGAAACUCAACUAUAUACGUGAAUAUAACCUAAUAAUACUUAAGUGUACUUAUACGCGAGUGAAAAACUAUUUUACAUAAAAAAUCAAAUCAAUUUUUUUACGCAAGCAAUAAACAUGCAGGAUGCAACUUAUUUGCUCGCCAAAUAGAUUGAAGAUUGAGCGUAAUAUCGUAAUAAAUGUAAUGAAAAGAUGUCCUUCGCUAGAUUGUACAAUUGCUGCCAUUCUAUUUUUUUAUAAUAUUUUAUAAUAUUUUAUUUAUAAAUCAAUGCCAAUUUUGAAAGUUUUUUAGUUAAGUUCAUCAGUAGCAUUAGGAAAGCGCGAUUUUCAUUGUUUUAAAUUUUGGAAUCAAAAACAUUUUAUGAAGUGAAUUGCCGAACGUAGCCAAUAUGAACAUUUUCAAUGCAGUCAUAUUAAAAAAUUAUGUCAAUUUUUUUCAGGUAAAUAUUAAGUUUAACAGUAAAAAAAAAUAAUCAAAAAGAGACGCACAGCUAGGGAAUAAACUUUACUUAGUGAAGAACUUAUGGUUAACUGUAAAACUCCAACAGUUAGAAAUGUAAAUAAUUUUCUUUUUUGUUUUGCAAAUUAAAAAUCGAUAUUUGUGUUUGUGAACUUACUUCCUGUGUAUUAACAAAACGAGAUGAUCUUUGACUAUAUUUAGCAAUUAAAUAACGGAUAAUCUUGUUAAGAUGAAUGAAAUGAAGCGAGUAAUAUAACGAAGUCUAACAAAA